CAGGUUACCAUGGCAACCAACAGGGAGCAUCAAUUGCGUCACAUGGCCGGCUUCCCUCGCACCAUGUACCCUUUCCCCUUUAACGCCAUGAGAAGCCAUUCCCCGUUCGACCUGCUGGCCAGCAGCAACCUUUUUGGUCGCUUUGGGGCAGACCUUCCCAAAGAGAUGGCAGCAUUAUCCGUGGAGACACAGAGCACCAGUUCAGAGGAGAUGGUGCCCAGUUCACCUUCCCCGCCGCCACCACCUCGCAUCUACAAGCCCUGUUUCGUGUGCCAGGACAAGUCGUCUGGAUACCACUAUGGUGUCAGCUCCUGUGAGGGCUGCAAGGGUUUUUUCCGACGCAGCAUUCAAAAGAACAUGGUGUACACAUGCCACCGAGACAAGAACUGCCAGAUCAACAAAGUGACCCGCAACCGCUGCCAGUACUGUCGGCUGCAGAAGUGCUUCGAGGUGGGCAUGUCCAAAGAAGCGGUGCGAAACGACAGGAACAAGAAGAAGAAGGACGUGAAGGAGGAGGCGUCGCUGCCCGAGAACUACGAGCUUAGCGGUGAGCUCGAGGAGUUGGUCAGCAAAGUCAGUAAAGCUCACCAGGAGACCUUUCCGUCACUGUGCCAGCUGGGCAAAUACACCACAAACUCCAGCUCUGACCACAGAGUACAGCUAGACUUGGGCUUAUGGGACAAGUUCAGCGAGUUGUCCACGAAGUGCAUCAUUAAGAUUGUGGAGUUUGCCAAGCGACUACCAGGCUUUACUACGUUAACAAUCGCCGACCAGAUCACCCUCCUCAAAUCUGCUUGUCUGGACAUUUUGAUGCUGAGGAUAUGCACGCGCUACACUCCUGAGCAAGACACCAUGACCUUCUCUGAUGGCCUGACCCUCAACAGAACACAGAUGCAUAACGCUGGCUUCGGCCCACUCACCGAUCUGGUGUUCGCCUUCGCCGGGCAACUUCUGCCCUUGGAGAUGGACGACACAGAGACGGGACUCCUCAGUGCCAUCUGCCUCAUUUGCGGAGACCGCAUGGACCUGGAGGAACCUGGAAAGGUGGACAAGCUGCAAGAGCCUCUGCUGGAGGCUCUGAAGAUUUACACACGCCGCCGACGCCCCAACAAACCUCACAUGUUCCCCCGCAUGCUGAUGAAAGUCACAGACCUGCGAGGAAUUAGCACCAAAGGUGCAGAGAGAGCUAUCACACUAAAAAUGGAGAUCCCCGGCCCCAUGCCACCGCUCAUCAGGGAGAUGCUGGAAAACCCGGAUGCCUUCGAAGACAGCGGAGACUCGACAGAAACCCAUACACCUGCUGCUGCGCCUCCUCCGCCACCACCUGCCAUUCAGGCCAUCAAGCAGGAGGAGAAGUCCACGUACGAAUCGGCAGCCGAGGAAGAAGAAGAGGAUGAGGACGAUGACUAUUGGGACGAGGACAAAGAGCGACUGGCAGACAGUGACUCCGAGCCGUGGUCAGAGGUGGCAGCGGCCAGCACGCACAAGAAAAACGGGACAUCGCAGUAG